CGCAACGGCCGGCACAAUCUGGGACUACCUCGGUCUCUCCUUCCCCGUUUCCUUCUUCUCGAUUCCCCGGGAUGACUUUUCGAUCCCUACCCCAACCGAAAUCAAUCUCUAACCUACCGUAACCCGCCUUGAUCUCGAGCUUUAUUUGCACCUUCUCUCUGUCCCUCCCAGUAAUUCGCCAUUCUGAAAUCCAAGCCGCACGAGACGCUGUUCCGACCGUCUUUUGCGUCGCCGUCUCUCGCAAGCAGAAUGCGCCGUCACACCGGUUCCUACCGCAUCUCACCAUCCCACCCUCGCUCAUCUCUCGCACACGGCACCCUCUCGCUCACACUCAGCCACCUCCUCAUCGGCGCGCUUCUCUCCUCUCCCUCCCUUCCCGCCUCGCACACGACUCACCACACGCACUCUCACCGCACCGCUGCUCCGCUCCUUGCGCUCGCGCUAGGCGACGCCGCGUCGCAGGUAGCCUCGUCGCUGCUCGCAGCGUGGGCGGAGGCGUAUGGCGUAGUAGGCGGGGACUUAGACGCGCCGUCGGCCCCCCUUCCGCCUGCGAAUUUAUCCCUCCCGCCGGGCGUGCCUGCUGCGCCGCACCUGGAGGACUGCGCGCGAGUGAGCGCGGAGCGGGAGGCGGCGGAGCGGAGAGGCGCGGGCGGAGAGGAGCCCGCCUGGACCCGAGGGGCUCCCAGGAGGGCGGAUGCUGCUGCCGCUGGUGCUGCUGCUGCUGCUUCCUCUGGGUGCUCGGGACAGGCGGAGGGGGAGAGGGGGGGGGUUCCCCAGCCACCUUGGGUCAGAGGGCCGGAUGCAGCCAAUCUUCCGUUGACACGUGUCGUGCAGAGGGACAUCUGGCGCCAUCAGUUCCCCUCUGGCGACUGCACCAACAGACGCCUCCUCAUUGCCUCCUGGGCCAAAACCCAUGCGCAUGGUGUUGGCUCCCAGAUCCACUACAUGAGCGCCCUGUUGAGUGUGGCCAUGCAGCACAACCGCACCCUCGUGGAGCAACCCGAUGGCUUCGACCGCGCUCGCAUCCCCGCCUGUGAAGCUGCGGGUCACAACAGCCAAUGGGAGUGCUUCUUCUUCCCCCUCGCCUCGUCAGCGUGCCGCCACGUCAUCCAACAGGCCCUGCAGCAGAACCCGGACAAGAUCCCCCAUGCGGAGAAUGACUAUGCUGAUGUGGCAGCGCGGGACGAUCAGAUCGUGGCCGUUGGAUACGCCAACCCGACGAGGCUCUCCAUGGAAGCUGGAGCUGCAGACCUUUGGGGUGACGCCUCCCUGAGGUCGCCCUGCACUGUGCAGCUGGGCGGCAAACUGGCAACCCUGACUGAACGCCAGCGCAAGGUGCACUGGUGGCGCGCGCAGGCGGUGCGCUUCAUCAUGCGGUGGCCAUCCGCCCACCUCUGCCACGUCACCAACCAGGAGAGGCACCGCGCCUUCGGCACGGUCUCAGCCAAUCACGUCGCUCGGUUCCUGCAGACCCAAUCAGAAUCCCUCUCCGCCCUCUCUCACAGCAUCAGCGCCUCUCUUGGCGCCUCCACAGCAGCAGCCAUUGCUAGUGCCACACCAGCAGGAGCCAACAGCACAGCAGCAGCAACUGCCUGUGAAGCAAGGAGACAAAAGGCAUCAGAUCAACUGGCAGCCCUUGCUAGUUCAACUUUAUCCUUCCAAUCAGACGCCAGUGGUAGUGGUGCCAGAGGUAACGGUGACACUGGCAAUGAUGCUGGCUGGUCGGUGGGAGUGCAUGAGCCGUACAUGCCGCGGCCUAUAGUGAGUCUGCAUGUAAGGGGGACGGACAAGUUUGCGGAGAUGGGGCUGAGCUCCCUGGACUCGCACGUCUUCCACAUGACUCGCAUCCGACCCCAUGCGCUCCACCUCCAACACGUCUGGCUCAACACCGAGACGCAGGCCAACAUAGACCAAACAAAGGAGCACCCCUCCUGGAGUUUCUUCUACUCGUCAAACGCGCGGCAGGGCGCGGCAGGAUCGCUUCGGCAGUACGAGCGCGACCAGUCGGUGGCAGUGAGCCUUGCGAGCGUGCUGAUCGCCGUGCAGUGCGACCUCUUCGUCGGCAGCCUCGGCUCCAACUGGAGCCGCCUCAUGAACGAGCUUCGCUCCACCAAUGGCCGCCUGCUCGCUGGAUUUGUUGCUGAUAAUGUGGAGGAGUGGUGAGGUACAGAAGGGUUUGGUGGAGCUGGUGGGGUGAGGGAACAAUAGGAGAGCAUGGAUGUGGGGUAAGAGGCUGGAGAGUAGAGGUCUCCAGUUUCUUUAGCAAUGCACUUUCUCUAGAUGUUCUAUGACACAAGCUGCAACCCCACUCUGUAAAUACAAUGCACAAAGUCUAAACGUUUUGUAAGUAGUC